AUGGCAGCCUCCCAGCUGGCAGCACUGGAAGAAGUGGAACUAGGGGCCGGGGUGAGGUCCCUGGGCGAGGCCAGCCCCGGCUUCUUGUAUUCUGAGGGCCAGCGGCUGGCGCUGGAAGCCCUGCUGAGCAAGGGGGCAGAGGCCUUCCAGGCCUGUGUACAACAGGAGGGGCUGCGGCCCUUCCUGAGCGGGGACGAGGUCCAGGGCUUGGCUGCGGCUGCUGAAGACUGGACAGUAGCCAGGCAAGAGCCCGGCGGGGCAGCAGAAAGAGCCACCACCACCGAAGAGGACGCGGGCAGUCUGACCUACUGGCCUGGGCAGUCAGAGGAACCAGCGCCCCUGCUGCGACUUGGCUGGCCAGAGGACACUUCCUGGAAGGGCAUCACCCGAGCACAGCUGUACACACAGCCACCUGGCGAGGGCCACCCACCUCUCAAGGAGCUGGUGCGCCAGGAAAUCCAAGCUGCCCACAAGCUGGUGGCCGUGGUCAUGGAUGUCCUCACUGACCCAGACCUGCUCUCGGACUUGGUCGACGCCGCUUUGCGCCGCUGGGUGCCCGUCUACCUGCUCCUGGACCGCCAGCAGCUGCCUGCCUUCCUGGUGCUGGCCCAGCAGCUGGGGGUGAACCCCUGGGCCACGGAGAACCUGGACGUCCGCAUCGUGCGGGGCUGCACUUUCCAGAGCCGCUGUCGACGGCAGGUGAGCGGCAACGUGCGAGAGAAGUUCGUGCUCCUCGACGGUGACAGGGUCAUCUCAGGAUCCUACAGCUUCACGUGGAGUGACGCCCGCCUGCACCGCGGUCUGGUGACUCUGAUGACCGGAGAGAUCGUCGACGCUUUCAGCCGUGAGUUCCGGACACUGUAUGCAGCCUCGUGGCCACUCCCAUCCAUGCCCGCCCAGGGCGUCCCGGGAGACGGGCAGCUGGCCCGCAGCCCACACCGUGUGGCUCACCGCUGCCCUGUAGCCCCUGUGUCACGGCUGCCACCCAAUGGGCCACUGGCCCACCGCCUGGCUGCCUGCCGCAUCCUCGAGGGGGACAGGCAGGAGUCCCCUGCCCCACCAGGGCCCGCUCUCAGUGACAUCCUAAGAAGCGUACAGCGUGCCCGGACUGGCAGUGGCCCCCCGACUCGGCCCAGCCGCUCCCUGUGGGACCUGAGCCGCCUGUCCCAGAUGUCAGGCUCCAGUGACGGUGACAAUGAGCUCAAAAAGUCCCGGGGUUCCAAGGACACUCCUGCCAAGGCCCUGAUGAGGCAGCGGGGCACUGGAGGGGGCCCGUGGGGUGAGGUGGACACCCGCCCUCUGGCCUGGUCCCAGCCUUGGGGUGGCCCCCUGCCCCUGAUCCCUGCCCGCCGCCACCUCCGCUAUCUGUCCCCAACCCAAAGGAGGUUUGGUGAUGACGCUGCAUCCAAGCUCCCGGAAUCCAGAGGUUUCCCGAAGCCAGACUGGGCCUCCCGCUCAGGACUUGGAGGGCGACCCUGA